UACUCUCCUUGGUAGUAAGCCCAGCAAAAUCUGCAAAAUAUGAUGGCUGGAUACGAAUCGGCAGUACGUUUGGCUGUCAUUCCGCUUUCCAAUAAUGACAUGGUGUCAGUUCGACCCAUUUUCGCAGGAGGGUCUGUCUUAUAAGUACGAUCUCCGAACUCCUCAUCUUGUCAGAUGAGCCUAGACAUCAUCUACCAGUUUGCAACGCAGCCCCCACAUUCAAUUGUAUAUCACUUUUAUCAAGAUGGGAAGAACUGGCCACAAGGAUGAAGCUGUCCAGCAGGACCUGGAUCAGCUCUUAUCUGCCGCAGAAAGCUACCAAGAGAGUCUAUCAGCUGAUAGCCGUUACAAUCUGCUGACCAAGGCGACACGUCUGGUACAAACCCUUCGUGGCCCAGCGGAUAUGCUCUUCGCGCAUCUCGAGAAUGCUGCCAGUAUAGCAGCUAUAAGAACACUCCUGGAGGCUGGUGUAUUCCACGCCAUCCCCACCGGAGGCAAGCCUAUCUCUGCUGCCGAAAUAUCAGAGAAGACAGGCGUGGACAAGGAAUUGGUCGUCCGGUACAUGCGCGCCGUCACCUCACUCGGUCCAUUCCAAGAAGUCGGAGAAGAACAAUACGCUCAUACACCAUUCUCGGAAAUCUACCUCUCCCCACAAAUGAGGGCAAUCUACACCCUUACGGUCGACAUAAUCGCCCCUCCCAUGCUCCAAAGCCACGAGUUCUUCCGCCAAAAGAACUGGAAGAAUGGGAUAACUCCCCGCAGCAACCCAUACACAUUCUUCCACGACUGCGAGGGCCAAACCAUGUUCGAGCACCUCGCUCAAUCUCCCGACCAUCUCAGCCUCCUCAAUGAUGCGAUGAUGGCCUCAGAUUCCAGCCUAGUCACCGUAGGCAUAUAUCCAAUUACCGAAGAACUAGGCCCACUCGCAAGCGAAGACACCGUAACCCUCGUCGAUGUCGGUGGCGGACGAGGCCACGUCCUUCGGCAAAUCAAAGAGGGUGCACCCGAUCUCAAAGGCCGGUUCAUUCUUCAAGACCAGGAACACGUCCUCCACGAUAACGGAGAGGAGAUCAAAAAUCAUGGAAUCGAGGCUAUGGCUCAUGACUUUUUCCAACCACAGCCGAUAAAGGGGGCUUUGGCAUACUAUCUCCGCCGCUGUCUCCACGACUGGCCCAACGAACCCGAAGCGCAGCAAAUCCUAUCUAACAUAGCUGCAGCCAUGGACCGAGAAAAAUCCCGUGUACUGAUCGCUGAAUGUAUUGUCCCGGAAGUAGGAGCAAAGAUGUUUCAUGCGUGGAUGGAUCAGGGUGUGAUGAUGAUUGGGGGUCGCGAACGCACGGAGAAGGAUUGGGCCCAUUUGUUGGAUAUUUCGGGCUUGAGGUUGGUGAAGGUGUGGCGGACGCCGGAGAUGCCGGUUGGGGUGGUUGAGGCUAGGUUGAAGUGAGUAUGAGUUAGUCAACAUAUAUCUGGUUUAGAUUGGCUAGGAGUCAAAUAUUCUGCUUAUGAGGAGGCUGGCAUGUUGUCCAACGUCAGAUCGGUAGGAGGGUCGGGAUAUUUUCAUACGUCAGAGGCUGACAAUCCUUUUAAUGUGGUCAAGG